GCGCGCUGUACCGGCUCUUGCUACGUGGCCAUUUCAAGGGCACGGUACUGUUUACUUUUCUCAAGAGGUACUUCACACAGUCUCCUACACACGGCGCUGGAAGAUCCUGAUACUGCUGGGGCGAGAGAGAACAGCAAACGAACGCAAAGGGGAAAAAAAAAUAUACAAAGAGCGGAAGAGAGAUAUACCGUUCUAAUCGUCUUCUCAUAAAGCCGUCCAGGCAUCAUACAACACGUUAUAUAUAGUUAUAGAUCAUUGCUGCCGUUACGGCUGUAUUGCGCUCUUCGUCGGCGAACUGGGAGGUGGGCUUUCCACAUCACUCUCUCUCUCUCUCGUUAAGAGAAAGAAACAAUAAAAUAAGCGGACAGAGGAUACGGCUGACACAUAGAGCUGUACACCCCCCAACUCAACGACGGGGAAACAUUUCUUUUGUUUUUAAAAAAAUCUUUUGUUCCUUUUGGAAGCGCUUCACUUCAAAUGCCCCUGCCGCUACGUGCGCCUCCCCCGCUGACCCACCAGGAUGGGCUGCCGCCGUUCAGCGCACAGAGGGCUAGCUUAGCGCACAGCCCCAGCACCAAUGGUCACCACAACAGCACUAACCCCCGCAACGGUAGCAGCAACAGCGCGCCGUACCUUUCUAGCUCCCCGCACGCGACACCUUCGGCGAGUGCGGCUGUGCGACCCGCCUCGCCACCGCCAGCACCUCCGACCAACAACUCGGCCUCUUGUGGCUUUUCGCCACAUCGAGAGGAAAGUAGCAGUCCCAACUCGAAGCACCGCAUCCACCCACACGUGUGGACGGCGAGGGCAGACGCACCUUCUGCCUCUCCCCUGUCGUCAGCUUCAUCAUCAUCUUCGUCUACGGUGCACCCAUCCAUUCAGCCCACCGCGCCGCCACGGCCACUACCACCACCACCGCAGCACCUACAAAAUGAAGUAGCGGAAGGCAGCGCAGAGCUGCCAGGAAUGUACAACAACGGAGCACCGCACGGCGUCGAGAAGGCGCAGCUGUCGCCGGUGUCGCCCCAACGAGCGGCGACGUCAUCGAUUGGCGCUGGCGGUGGUGGUGGUGGUGGUGUGGUGGCGCUGCCGCUACCUGUACUGGUGGAGGAACAGAAGAAGCGCAUCCACGCGUUGGUGCACGAGCGGGAUAGUCACGCCGACGAGCUGCGCGAGCUACGCGGGCUCUUCCACCGUCUCCGCGACGACUACGAUCAAGCCACACAGGAGCUGGAGGCGCGUCAGCUGCAGCUCGACAGCAUGCAGACGCAAAAAAGUGUUGCGCAGGAGGCGCUGCUGCAGGCCCAGGCACGGGAAGGUCGGCAGACGCAAGACAUUCAGCAGUUUGAGGUGGAGUGGGCGGAGCGCACGCGGCACCUUCGCGCCCAGCUCGACGCGCUCACGCAGGAGCGGGAUGCGAUGCAGUCGCAGCGGGACGUCUGCAUGUCCGAGAACAGCGACCUGCGUCGUCAGUUGAUCCAGCUGCAGGGGGAGCUCUACGAGGCGGACGUGCGCCAUCGCGAGGAGCUGCGUGAGCAGGCAAGCGGCCACGCGCAGCAGCUGCGGGCCGCCCUGCAAGAGAAGGAAGAGCAGCUGCAAACGAGGGCAGCCGCGACGCGACACGAGGCGCGCCUCACGCAGCAGCAGCUCGCUCAGCUCGAGGUAAAUCAAACGUCCGCGCGGGAAGACCGUGAGGCCCUGCGUUGGCGCCUGGCGGAACUGGAGACGGCGCUGGACAAGAAGGAGCACUUGCGCAGUGAACUGGAGCGGAUGGUGGGUGCGUUGCGGGCGCAGGCGUCCGAUCAGGAGCAGCAGGCUCGGGGUGACGCCCAGCGUUACGCACAGCGGGCCCAGGAGUUGGAGCGAACCUACGAAGCCCAGCUUAGCCAAGAGCAGCAUCGUUGCCAGACCCUGCAGGACGAGCUGGCCGCGGCGCGACGGGCCUUGCAGGAGGCGCAGCGUCAACACGAAGUGCAGGCGGCGACGCACGCGGCGCACACGCGUGACAUCACCGCACGUUACGCAGCGCAGGAAGACGAACUGCGCGAGCAGCUGCGCAGCACACGGGCAGAGUUGACGGAGACGGGCGCGCUCGCUGCACGGCACGAGGCCGCCGUGCACCGCAGCCAGCGCGAAGCGGAGGCCCUCCGCACCGCCGCCGCGGCUCAGCAGGAGGAGCGCACACAGUUGCAGGAGGCGCAGGUCCUUCAGACGCAGCAGCGGAUGCGUGCGGAGGGCCGGGUCGAGAUUCUAAAGGCGCGCCUGCAAGAGAAGGAAAGGGAGGCGGAGUUGCUGCGGUGUACGAUGGAGCAGACGGCGUGGACAAGUGAAAUGCGUGACGCGAUGCAGCAUACGCUGGCCGCCGUCUUUGGUGUCCCGCGUGCGUUGGCGGUGAAGUGGCUACAGAAGAAGGGCGUGCCGUUUGCGGAGUCUGCGACCCCUCAGCUGGAGUGGCAGGCGGCGCAGCAACAACCAAAGCAGCAGCAGCAGGACGCUACAAACGAUUCCCCGACCCGACAAUCAGAAGAUAAAUCGCACGUGAAGACGCCGUCGCCUCAGCAAGGCGCAUCAGCCAGCACCGAUACACACACACACCAUCAUCACGAGGCGCCCGUGGCGGAGGCUGAGGCACUUCGUAGCCCUGUACGUUCCACCAGUGCAUCGACCCAGGCAGCCGCCACACAGCACGUCGAGAGCAUCGAGCGCACCGUCGCACGGUCCGCAGCCUCGCCCAUUUCUGUUGUCCAAUCCUCCCACGCCUACGCGGCGCCACCGCUGCAUCCGGGCACCGUCGCCCGCACCACAGCGAUGAUGACGCCGUCGGCUGCUGGUGCUGCGGCCGCAUCACACAACGCUUCACCCGCACCGUCGCGGCACGCAUCCACGCCCGCAGCCAACGGCGUAGCGAGUCCAUCGACGUCUUUCGUCUUCUCCCCGCGGUCUCCCUUGCUCGCCUCCGCGCAGGCCGCUGUGGCUACUGCUGGUGCGGCGUUGUUUCGCACCCCUGCGCAACAGCGGCAUCAGUACAACAUAGGUGAGAGUGAUGAUGACGACGAAGGGCAGGGGGUUGCGGAGGACGACGACGGCGGUGGCCGGCUGGCGGGCGAUUCGGCGCACGCAUCACCGCGUGGCGGAGAACGCGACACCGAGAAAAAGCGCGCGAAGGUGGAGGAGGAAGAAGUAUUUUUUGACGCGUUCAGCACACCCGCUGCGCGGCGGAAUGCGGCCCCGCGACGCACGAUGUCGGUGCCCAUGGCGGUACAGCCAGAGCAGGAGGCGGUACGAACGGCGUCGGUGGGCCCUCGCGCAGCAUCCACCCAACCCGUCUUCCUCAACUCUUUUCCCCUCAGCUCCACCCCUCGUCACGGGACGCCGUUAAGGCAACGAGCCGACAAGCCUCAGACGGCGGCAGGAGUUAGAAACGGUCCAUCAAGACUGGCUUCUGUUGCUUCUGUUGCUGCUGCUGCGAGGACACCGUCCACUCCUGGUGCUCGUGCGGCGGAACUGUUGGCUCAGCUCCCACCGUAUUCCCCAGCAGCAUCGGCUGGAGCAUCCCUCACCUCUACGCCGUUCUCUUCGGCGUCUGCCAUGGCGGCUGCUCGGCAGCGGCACGUCGAUCACUUGAGCGAGGAUGAAGAUGGCCUUCAACAGUACUUGAAGGAGACGGUGCAGCAGGUGCUGGCGCGUCAGCGGGGCGAUCUCCUGCCACAGCGACAUCCAGCCGAGCCCCUCCCCUCCUCUUCGUCCGCACCUCAACCAGGGCUGCGUGGACACUCGCAUUACACGCAGCUCUACGACGGUCUGCCCCUGCGCGGCGUGCCCGGCGGCGACGCAGAGGGCGAAGUGGAGGGCGACUUCGGGUCCGUCUCGCGGCCGCGUUCAGUGCUGUCGGUGCUGCCGUGGCAACAGCGGACCGCGCUGACACCGCAAGCAGCGGACACCGCUGCACACAACAACGAAGGGGACGGCCAGGGCAGACAGGUUGAUAGGGGUGCUCCGACCCGAGAGCAAGUACAUGCUUUGCCCAAGACAAGCGUUCCUGCUCCUGCUGCUGCGUCCGUGAACGCCAAGACUGGGGCCCCUGUCAAGGCCAGCCAUCGUGGUCAGACCACGCAGCUGCAGGAUCGAGCAGCGCGGCGUGUCGAGGCGGGCGUGGCGGACGCGUUGGAGCAACUCGCCCGUCGCCAGCAGCAGCUGCUGCAGUCUCUCGGAGGUGCAACCGAGGGAGCCGCGCUGCUUCGCACCAUCCCAACGCUUCCCGUUCUGAGCAACGCCGCUGCCGCGACUUACCCGGGCGAAGGUGCACCGCUGGGGCAGCCAUCCGGUCCCGCGCGACUUGCCACCACCACCACCGCCAUCGCAGCAGCCGCGGAAGAAGGGGCCGAGUUUCUGCGAAGCAGCAUCCUUCAAGACACAAAACUGAACGGUGCGCACGACGCGCAGCAGCAGCAGCAGCAACUCAGCGAUAUCGCGAGCAGCGACGCUGUGCUCGACCCGCGGCAGCUGUCGUACGCAACCGCGUCGACGUCCUUCGCCGCCCCUGCAUCAGAGGGGGGCGCACACGCCCAUGAGCGACACGGCCGCAGCGAUCCCCUCGCCGCACCGUGGCAAGCGCCAUCUGCGCGUCUCCAUCAGCAGGGCGGCACCAUGAGAGCGGUGGCCGACCCAUCCCCCGACAUCCAGGGCGGUAGUACCCAACUGGAGUACCGUAGUGGUGAGGCGCGGUCUGGUACCUCGUCGACACCGCCCUCCGCCCCAUCGCUUGACGUCUCCUCCUCCUAUGCAAACGUGUCUCUGCUUUCUGCCUCGUCAGGCAAUAAGGCGCCUCUUGCCUCCGUCUCGGACGCCUCCGGUCCACCAGGGGCGCCCUCCGUUCCGGCUUCUUCGGAAAGGCUUUCAUGGGUGUCGGCGACGCAGUCGAAUGAUGUCGUUGCCGCUGCCGGCAGUGGCGGUCUCGGGCCGGCGAAGAAGGCCACGGGAGGAAGAAGUGCCAGCGCAAAAGAGCCUCCAAUGAAAGACGCCGCGGCGGCGUUCACAGGGGCCACGGCGGCGGCGUCGGUGCUGACCUCCGUCUCCGCGGCGUCGUCCCUCACGCAGUUGGAGCGACGAUUUGCGCGUCCCUUUACUCAAUGA